CAAGCAAGUACCUGUUGGAUACAAGAGACAUGGACCAGCAGUCAAACACUUCGAUAGUUCAUCAGAUGCUACAAGUGUGCCAGCAAACACAAAUCAGCAGUACUCAACAGCAGCAGCAACAGUCUGGAGGUUCUGGAGCAAAACCACACCCACCACUCCCAAAAUAUGAUGCUUCGGAUGAUGUCCGUGCACUGGAAAAAGCCUUGAAACCUAAAGAGGUUGAUGAAGGUACCAUAAUUGAUAUACUUACGAAAAGGAAUAAUGACCAACGCCAAGAAAUUAAGGCUGCCUAUGAAAAGGUCACUAAAAAGCCUUUGGCUGAAGCACUAAAAGCUGCUCUGUCUGGUGAUCUUGAAGAGAUUUUACUGGCUAUGUUAAAAACUCCACCUCAAUUUGAUGCUGAUGAGAUGAAACAGGCCACAAAGGGUCUUGGGACUGAUGAAGAUUGCAUCAUUGAGAUUAUGGCUUCCAGAACAAAUCAGCAGAUCAAGAAAAUGCAGGAAGCUUAUGAAAAAGAGUAUAAAACUUCUCUUGAGAAAGAUAUUAAAGCAGACACAUCAGGGGAUUUUCAGAAGGCUUUGCUUAUGCUGUUGAAGGCUGAGAGGAAUGAAGAUUCUUAUGUAAAUGAAGACCUUGCUGAAGCAGAUGCUAAGGCAUUAUAUGAAGCUGGAGAAAAAAUUAAAAAGGCAGAUGUUUCUAUAUUUAUUGACAUUUUUUGCUCACGGAGUUCCUCUCACUUGAAAAGAGUGGCCCAAAAAUAUGUCAAAUACAGCAGCCACAACUUGAAUGAAGCACUGGAUCUGGAGAUGAAGGGUGACAUUGAGAGUCUUAUGAUUGCCAUUUUGAAAUGUGCUGUGAACACCCCAAAGUACUUUGCUGAAAAACUGAAUUUAGCAAUGAAGGGUCCUGGAGUGCGUGAGAAAGCACUGAACAGAAUUAUGGUAUCUCGUGCAGAAAAAGACAUGAAAGAGAUCAAAGCUGAGUAUAAGACACUCUAUGAUAUAUCACUCCGCAAGGCCUUAAUGGAUGAAACAAAGGGUGAUUAUCAAACUGUUCUUAUCGCACUAUGUGGACAUGAUUAGAAGAUUUCAGAUCUCACCCAGGAAUGAUCUCAUCCAGGAAUGAAAGAAUACCAAUAUUAUGAAGAAAUUGAUUAAAAAGAAAUUAUUUUCCAAUACCUUUCCAAAUUAAAAAGUUUUUUUAAACCAAACAAAAAUUUUGAUUUUUCCCUUACAAAAAAGGUAGACUAUCAUUUCUCAUUUCUGUUGGUCACUUUCUAUAAAUAUAAACAUAUACGGGAGAUUUGUAAUAUUCUGAUUUGUGAAUUUAUACUCUAUCCAUAUUGCCUGCAUUUGUUUCCUUUCCCAGCUACUUUUUCUCUUUUUUUUUUCCUCUCUUUCUUUUGGGAUAUUUGUAUAAAUAUUUGAAAAUGAUAGAUAAAUCAAUAAUAAAAAAAAUAUUAAUAUUCUCUA